UCCAUGACACUCUGCUCUGUAAUUCAAUCUCCUCCAUACAAUCAGAAUCACCACACACACACACACGCUCUCUCUCUCUCUCUCUCUCUCUCUCUCUCUCUCUCUCUCUUUCUUCUAAGGUUUUUUUCUCUCUCUAGAGACAGCUUAACUUAGUGAUAGAGAAAACAAAAGAUAACUUUAGAGAUAGAAAGAGAAUACAGAGAUGGGAGAAGCUAACAAAGAAGCUAAACUAGUGUCCGAGGAAGCAACCCUUCCCAAUCGGCGCAACACCAGAUUCGCCUCCGCCUGCGCCGUCCUUGCUUCCAUGACUUCCAUUCUCCUGGGCUACGAUAUUGGCGUUAUGAGUGGCGCCGCCAUCUUCAUCCAAAAAGACCUCCACAUCAGCGACGUCCAAGUGGAGGUCCUUCUCGGAAUCAUAAACCUUUACUCCCUCGUCGGCUCCUUCGCCGCUGGCCGGACUUCCGACUGGAUCGGCCGGCGAUACACAAUAGUAGUCGCAGCCGGAAUAUUCUUCGUCGGAGCCCUCCUGAUGGGCUUUGCAACCAACUACAUCUUUCUCAUGUGCGGCCGCUUCGUCGCCGGAAUCGGCGUCGGCUACGCCCUCAUGAUUGCGCCGGUUUACACGGCGGAGGUCUCUCCAGCCUCUGCCCGUGGUUUCCUGACUUCCUUUCCCGAGGUCUUUAUAAAUUCCGGCAUUCUUCUCGGCUAUGUGUCCAACUUCGCAUUCUCUCACCUAUCUCUUCAUAUGGGAUGGCGGCUUAUGCUCGGCGUCGGCGCGGUUCCGUCGGUGUUUCUUGCUCUUGGUGUGCUUGCUAUGCCGGAGUCUCCCAGAUGGCUUGUUCUACAGGGCCGCCUCGCAGACGCCGCCUACGUCCUAGACCGCAUCUCCGACACGCCGGAAGAAGCCCGCCUCCGCCUCGACGAAAUGAAAUCCGCCGCCGGAAUCCCAUCUGAUACUCCCACAGCCAACAACAUCCCUAUCUCCCAGACCAACCGCGGCGGCUCCGGCGUUUGGAGGGACCUCUACCUCCACCCUACCCCCGCAGUCCGCCGCGUUCUCAUCUCCGCCAUCGGCAUCCACUUCUUCCAACAAGCCUCCGGCAUUGACUCAGUCGUCCUCUACAGCCCUCAAGUCUUCAAAAAAGCUGGAAUCUCCGGCGACAACGCCCUCCUCGGCAUGACCGUCGCCGUCGGCUUCACCAAAACAAUCUUUAUAUUAGUCGCCACUUUCCUCCUCGACCGAAUCGGCCGGCGGCCGCUCCUCCUGACGUCGGUCGGCGGGAUGAUAUUUUCGCUGAUGUGGCUAGGAAUUGGAUUGACGGCGGCGGAUCACCAUGAGGGGAAGUUAAUGUGGGCGGUGGGGCUGUGUUUCUCAUCGAUAUUGGCUUACGUGGCGUUUUUUUCGAUAGGGUUGGGACCGGUGACGUGGGUGUAUAGUUCUGAGAUAUUUCCGAUGAGGUUAAGAGCGCAGGGGGCGGCGGCGGGGGUGGUGGUGAACAGAGUGACGAGUGGGAUUAUAACGAUGACAUUUAUAUCUUUGUAUAAGGCGAUAAGUAUUGGUGGGAGCUUCUUUUUGUAUGCGGGAGUGGCGGCGGCGGCGUGGGUGUUUUUCUAUGGGUAUGUGAGAGAGACGAGGGGGAAGACGUUGGAGGAGAUGGGGAAAUUGUUUGGGUUUAGUAAGGAGGAGAUGGAGGAGGAAGAUGAGAUUGUGAAGACGAAAGAGAUGACGUCUAAGAACGGAACAGGGGAGGCGGCGGCAGCGGCGCCGGCGGCUCUGUAACUGGAUUGGGGUGGGUGCAAUAUGUGCAAGUUGUUGGGGGUAUUUUAGAACUAUUUUUACAUAUGUGGAAGCUUAUAUGAUACUUGAUGGAAACUAAUGAACACAAGUAUGGGGAAUUAAACCCGGUUCACAUAAAGUUUGGAUGAACCGGAUCUUUGCUAAUCAAUAUAUGUUUUUAUUUUAUUUUAUUGUUAUUGUGAAAGAGAAUUGAUAUUUU